AUGAAAGCUUUGAUUUUUCUCAUGCUCACAGUAUUGCUCAGCUUAUGUCUAGCUGAUCCGGUCACCGAAUCUUCAGAUAUCAAACAAUCUUCAGCGCAAGCAGUUGCGCCAACUCUUCCCCAAGUUGCCACGUCACCACAUCCGUUUUCGAGGCAGAUCGCAGCACCUUCAAGAAUCGCCAGAAGAUCUAUUACUCCAGUUCCAUUAAUUAGUGAGUUCAAAAAGAAUUUUUGUUAAAAAAGAAAAAAUUUAAAAAAUAUUAUAUUUUUAGGAGCUCGUCGUGUCACAUCACAAUAA